AGUAAGUACUAUCAGCCACAGCCAGUACUAGCGCUAUCAUGAUAUAAGUCCACGUCAGAUCUGCAUGGCUGUUUGUACAACUUAACCUGAAACAGUGAACACAGUAGUGAUUUGUUAAGAAAGAGAAAGUCGCAUAUAUAAAUACAUAUUCAUUUACAUAUCUUUUCUUUCCUUUUUAAAUAUAAUUAAGUGAUUAUUUUCAAAGCAGUGUUUCAAAAUGUAUUGGACUCUGUGGUUACUUAUUGGAUUUUUUGGAGUAGAUAAUACAUUUGGACAAGGUCAAAGGAUUGCACCAGGUGUACCUCCUCAACAUUAUCAAGUUCAGCAGCCCAAUCAGCAAAUGCACCAACAAAUGCACCAACAAGUGCCACAACAAGUACCACAACAAGUACCACAACAAGUACCACAACAAGUACCACAACAACAAGUUCCAGUACAACAUGUUCAUCAAGCACCGGUACAACAUGUACCAGCUCAUCAAGUGCCUGUACAACAACAGGUACCUGUUCAAGCCCCUGUACAGCAACAAAUGUACAAUCACAAUCAUCAACAACCUCAACAAAUACUUAAUGCUGCCAAUAUAGCUCAGGAAAAAGCUCAUAUCGCAGAACAUAUGGAAGUUCCAAUCGAUACAAGUAAAAUGACGGAACAAGAAUUGCAGUUUCAUUAUUUUAAAAUGCAUGAUUCAGACAACAACAACAAAUUAGAUGGAUGCGAGUUAAUAAAAUCUCUCAUUCAUUGGCAUGAACAAAGUAAUAAGGAACCUGGAACACCGAGUGGCGGAGACAAAUUAUUUAAGGAUAGUGAAUUGAUCAAUUUAAUCGAUCCAAUUCUUGCUGUAGAUGACAUGAAUAGGGAUGGAUAUAUAGAUUAUCCAGAAUUUAUCCAAGCGCAACAAAAUGCUGCUGCUAAUGGUCGACAGUAAUGAAAAUAAUUUCUUGUUAUGAAAUUACGGAAAAGAAACAUUAAAAUUAUUUCUUAUUAAAAAUAAUACAUUUUAUAUCAGUUUCAUUAAUUUUAUUUGUUGAGAUUUAUUUAAAUGCUUUUGCAUUUCAUAUAAACAUACUCUUAUAGUUUUACAUAUUGUUUACGGUUAUAAGACAUUUCUUUUCUAUAGUAGCUUAUUAUAUACUCAAAAUAUUACAUAUAUAUAAUUAAA